CACACGCGGGGGCGGCCGCUUCACCACCCCUCCCCACCGCUCGGCCUCUCCGCGUGCAGAAACCUCCGCAGCGGCAGCAGUAGCAGCAGUAGUAGUAGCAGCAGUAGUAGUAGCAGCAGCAGCAAGACGCGAGUGAGCGCGCCCAAGUUCCCAGGCUCACGGCUGUGUUUAAUCCGACGGGCGGGUUUAACGCCACCGUUGCAUCGCGUGCGGUGGGGCGAGACCUCCGGGGCAAGCUUCGUUUGGCAAAAGGCGAGCGGGCGAUUAAAAUAAUCCGUGCGGCUUUGGGGGUUGUCCGUUGCGGAGGCCGCGCGGAGGGAUCUUGGUUGCUAGGGGUGACGGGGACCUCGGGGCUCCACGCAGAGGAGGCCGAACGCGGCCCGCGGCAGUGGCAGCGAGGAGACAUCGAGCGGCGUCUUUCAAGUCACUUGAAGUCAUAUUUUGUUUAAAACAUUAAAAACAAAACGUUCUUAAAUUAUAACUAUCGCGAAUAAGCAGCUUGCAGUUACAGCAUUCGAGCGACGAUGUUUAAAAACACCUUCCAGAGCGGAUUCCUGUCCAUCCUGUACAGCAUCGGCAGCAAGCCCCUUCAGAUAUGGGACAAGAAGGUGCGGAACGGGCACAUCAAGCGAAUCACAGACAACGACAUCCAGUCCCUGGUGCUGGAGGUGGAGGGAACCAACGUCAGUACCACGUACAUCACAUGCCCUGCUGAUCCGAAAAAAACCCUGGGCAUUAAGCUUCCCUUUCUAGUUAUGAUCAUCAAGAAUCUAAAGAAGUAUUUCACCUUCGAAGUGCAGGUUCUGGACGACAAAAACGUGCGCCGGCGAUUCCGAGCCAGCAACUACCAGAGCACAACGCGCGUGAAGCCCUUCAUCUGCACCAUGCCCAUGCGCCUCGACGAUGGCUGGAACCAGAUUCAGUUCAACCUCUCGGACUUCACACGCAGAGCGUACGGGACCAACUACAUCGAGACUCUGCGCGUGCAGAUUCACGCCAACUGCCGCGUUCGAAGAGUCUACUUCUCGGACCGCCUCUACUCAGAAGACGAGCUCCCGGCAGAGUUUAAACUCUACCUGCCCGUGCAGAACAAAACAAAGGUUUAACGGGUCCCCUCUUCCCCAAGCAGGACAACUCUUAAAGAAGCAGACAGAAUAAGACAACGCCGAACCCACACACCAUAGCAGCAACUGCUUGGCUGGCAAUAUACAUUAACGAUGGCAGUGUUUGAAAUGGAAUGUGAUAUAGCAUAGCUAACGCUACCUUGUUUACAUGUGAAUCUGCGAUCAUUCCCAUCGGUGUUGCCACCCCAUCACACACAUCGGUUACCACGUCACCCUUGCGGCCACUCAGGCCUCACCUUAUCACUACUAAUUAUUCAUUACUAACGUAACCAGGCAGUGUUCAUCCCUUGCAUUUGUAUGGUACGCUCGUAAAUUAAAUAAAGAAUUUUAUACUUGAAUACAGUAAUUCCUUUUCUUAGCUGAAGUAAAAUGUAUUUAUUAGCUCUGUUUAAGAAAGUGACGAUUUUCACACAAUUUGAUUUAGUGUACAUUGAAUGCUGCUGUCAUACACAUCAAAUGGUAACUUCACAGUAUUUUGUAAGCUUAAUGUGACAAGUGCUCUGAUUUAUGUGUUACUCCACCGAUCGACAUAAAUGGCUGACUAGCCGUUUUUGUCUACAGAAAUAAACACUAUUGUCGAUUUAA